GCACACGAAGGAGCAUUUUCCCGCCCAAAGCUGAAACGUACACCACUGGCGUAGACAUAAAAACCCUUUCUUCCCUCUUGCUGACUGUCAUUCUCCUCCCUCCGCUACUCGGCCGCAGCAGCUCUUCCUACUCUGCUCGAGAUGGACGCUGAGAAUGAGAUAAAGAUCGAAGCAGCAGAAGCAGUGACCACAGCGGCAGAUUCUCCGACUUCAGUGCUCGAAGAUGAGGGGAUUUGCAAGUUGGAAUCCUCUCUCAUCUCGAAAGGAGCUGCCGAAGAAAAUGGAAUACCACAUUCUGAGGAUAAUGGUCUGCUGUUGGCUGAUGCAAAAAAUGGAGAUUCUUCUCUUAUAUCAAAAGCCAUGGCGGAGGAGGAGGAGAAACUGCAAGUGGCCCGAGUGAAGGAGGACUCUGAAAGGGAAGUGUGUGAAGCUGACGCCAUUAUGAACAACACCCAAUUCAGUAAAUUGGAUGAGCUUCUGACACAGACCCAGCUAUACUCAGAGUUCCUUCUAGAAAAGAUGGAGGACAUCACAUUCAAUGGAGUGGAAAUCCAGAAGGAAGAAGCUGUAAAAGAGAAAAGGGGCCGUGGUAGAAAGAGGAAGGCGAAAGCUCAAUACAACAAUAGAAAAGCUAAAACGGCAGUAGCAGCCAUGUUUACAAGAUUCCAAGAGGGUACUACUCCUGAAGAUGCAAACCUCACUGAGGAGGAGAGAGUUCUUAAAGAGCAGGCUGAGCUUGUACCACUAUUGACUGGUGGAAAACUGAAGUCUUAUCAAAUCAAAGGGGUAAAAUGGUUGAUAUCACUUUGGCAAAAUGGACUUAAUGGAAUCCUGGCAGAUCAAAUGGGACUUGGCAAGACAGUUCAAACGAUUGGUUUUCUUGCGCAUUUGAAAGGGAAGGGUUUGGAUGGGCCUUAUUUAAUAAUAGCUCCUCUUUCUACGCUCUCAAACUGGGUGAAUGAGGUCAACAGGUUUGUACCCUCAAUGAGUGUUAUUAUAUACCAUGGAGGUAGAAAAGAAAGGAAUGAGAUAAGGCAGAAAUACAUGCCUAGAGAGAUUGGUCCCAAAUUCCCCCUUAUAGUCACUUCUUAUGAGAUUGCAAUGAAUGAUGCUAGAGCUUUGGCACAUUACAAUUGGAAAUAUGUUGUUGUUGAUGAGGGACAUCGGCUGAAAAAUACAAAUUGCAAGUUAUUGAGAGAACUGAAGCGCUUGCCCAUUGAAAAUAAGCUUUUGCUUACUGGAACACCUCUGCAAAAUAAUUUGGCUGAACUUUGGUCGCUAUUGAACUUCAUCUUGCCCGAUAUAUUCUCGUCUCAUGAAGAAUUUGAAUCCUGGUUUGAUCUGUCAGGGAAGUGCACUAGUGAGGUCGAGGAGGAAGAGUUGGAAGAAAAAAGAAGGGUGCAGGUGAUAUCAAAGCUCCAUUUAAUACUACGCCCAUUCCUUCUAAGAAGAUUGAAGGAGGACGUAGAGCAGAUGCUUCCUCGCAAGAAGGAGAUCAUUUUAUAUGCAAACAUGACUGACCAUCAAAAGCAUUUCCAGGAUCAUUUAGUCAAUAAAACUUUGGAAGACUAUUUGCGACAUCAAGGGAGUGGCAUAAGUGGCAUGAAAGGAAAACUGAAUAAUUUGAUGAUUCAGCUCCGGAAGAACUGCAACCAUCCAGACCUUCUGGAGUCUGCUUUUGAUGGGUCGUUCAGAUACCCACCCAUUGAGCAGUUGGUGGAACAGUGUGGCAAAUUUCGCUUGCUAGAUAGACUGAUUUCAUUACUGCUUGAACGGAAGCACAAAGUUCUAAUUUUUUCACAGUGGACUAAGGUUCUGGACAUAGUUGAUUAUUAUUUUAGUGAGAAAGGGCUGGAAGUUUGUAGGAUAGAUGGCAGUGUGAAGCUGGAUGAAAGAAAAAGACAGAUCGCAGAGUUCAAUGACAUAAAUAGCGAUGCUAGAAUAUUUUUGCUCAGCACUCGGGCCGGUGGGCUGGGUAUCAACCUCACUGCAGCAGAUACCUGUGUACUGUAUGACAGUGAUUGGAACCCUCAAAUGGACUUGCAGGCCAUGGAUAGAUGCCACAGGAUAGGGCAAACCCGGCCUGUUCACGUAUACAGGCUUGCAACAUCUCAUUCUGUAGAGGGCCGUAUGUUGAAGAAAGCUUUCAGUAAGUUGAGGCUUGAACACUUGGUUAUUGGGCAAGGGCAAUUCAAGCAAGAGAGAGUCAAACCUAAUACAUUGGAGGAAUCUGAAAUGUUGGCAUUACUUCGACAUGAAGAGGAUCCAGAAGACAAGCUGACUCAGACGGACAUAAGUGAUGAAGAUCUGCAGAGGUUGUUGGACCGCAGUGACCUGAUCGUGGAUUCUAAUGGUAUAUCUGCAGCUGUUGAUCCUCUUCCUCUUAGAGGACCUGGUUGGGAGGUGGUGAUACCAGCUAAAAGUGGUGGAAGCAUGCUCUCCUCAUUCACGAGCUGAAGAGUGGGGAGUUAAAGCCUGGCCAAGUUGGAAUUCUUCCUUUUUUUUCUUUUCUUUUUCCCCAGAGGUUUUGUUCAUAUUUUGGAAUGCUCUUUUUGGGAAUGCUGGGAAUGGUGCCCUGUGGGGCUUUGCCGAUUUUUGGAGUUUCAAUUGCCCUGCAGGGAUUUUGUAUGACGGAAAAGCUUUAGUUUGUGCCUUUAUAACAUGUUACAAAUGCUAUUAAACUCUUGUAAGAGGUUCUGCACAUGGAGCUGUAUUUUGUCAGUGAGGUAUGUGAAAAGAGAGCAGCGUCUGAAAGGUGGAUGAGUAUCAGAUGUAUUGACCGAUUACAA